AUGAAGCUUCUUACGCACAAUUUUUUGUCGUCUAGAUUUUUGAAAAACGUAAAUAAUGGUUAUCCGCUUAUUCUUCGAGCCAACCAGAAGGCAAACAAAGAAGUGGAGUUUAAUGAGAAGUUUGUGCUUAACAUGAUGCCAAAGGUCGACUAUGCUUCUUUGUAUAAUGCUGCUUUGUCCAUCGGAGAAGCAGGAAACAUGCCGGAAUCACUACCGGAUGAUUGGGAAACCAAUACUCCUGUUCUUAUGGAGUAUCAUAUAAGUUCUUUGCUAUGCUGCAUCCACCACACGUCUUCAAACAACAUGUUAUUGUUUCAGCUACACCGAGUAAUGCUUUGUGUCGAAAUUGUGGAUGGGGAACUGGAAUGUCCUGACACUGGACGAAAGUUCCCAAUAAAAGAUGGCAUUCCUAACCUGCUUGUCAAUGAAAAUGAAGUAUAA